AAGAAUAAAUAAGAUUAAAUAAGAAUAAAAUAUUCUCGACCAUUAAUUCGGCUGAUCAAAUAAUAUAAAAUAUUUUCUUCUAUUUAAGGGGUAUUUUAGUGAGAAUUAUUUUUUUCUGAGUAAGUUCGGAAAACAAUACCGGGAUUGCAGCAAGUUUGCAGCUUAGUAUGAUAUUGUUAUACUCUAUUAAAUGCUGCGUUGUACGAUAAAAUAUUGUAUAUUCUAGAAAGUAAAGAGUAAGUUUUAAGGGAGAAAUUAGAGAGUUUUUAUGCCUUUCUUACUAGGAUUCUGAAACAGAUAUGAAACAUGCGCUCUGUAUUGUGUCAUGUAUCAUACCUAUAACAGAUAUGCUAACACAUGAACCAAGAUAAUAUAUAGAUAUGACUUAAAUUUCUCCUUUUCCUUUAACCCUUUAAAAAUUCUGAACGUCUCACAUCUAUUAAUAAUGGUGCUUAAGCCUAUCUAUUCAUAUUUGUAUCUGUCUAGCAUCAAAUCGUCCACCAAAUUGGUUACCGAAAAGUUGAGGAAUGAGCCUGACCACAACUAUUUCAAUAGUCCCACUGAGAAGAAAAAGUUCAACGAUGAAUUGAAAAGACUAAUGGAAAAGCUACCUAAGCCAGUAGAUGAAGAAUCUAAAUUAGAAAUAAAUCGUCGUAAGUUGGCAUUCAAAAUUUGUCACUUUUACGUUAUUGUUCCCGAAAAUACAAUUUUGGAUGAAGAUUACAUUGUCAGUAAGCAUUAUGUGGAUGACCUCUCAAUGGCAAUAGAAUUUGUUCAUGAUGAAGCGAUGCAUUCCUUCCCAGAGGAAGUUGAAAACGAGAACAAAAGUGUCAAAGAAUCAAUAAAGUUAUGUAUAAAGAGGUUAUUGUCAUUAUCUCAUUCUUUAUCACUACCAAUUCCUAAAUUAAUAAACUCAACUAAUAAAAGAGACCUUGAGAUAGAUACAUCUGUUCCAAGUCCAACUAGCUACAGACAGAGUUCCAGAAAUCCGAAAUUAGCAUCUUCUAAUUAUACAUCAAGAUCAAUCUUUCAUUCACAUCUUAAUAUUAGGGCCAUUUCAGAUGAGACGAAGUUUGCUGAUGACGCUUUGAAAACGAUGUUUGACAAAUUGAUAAUAGACAAAGCUGCAUUGGAAAGCAUGAAACCUAUUGUGUUUCGUAUACCAAGAAUAGACGAUGACAUCCCCCUAAAUGAAUUAGAUAUAUCAGUAUAUAUUUCUUCAUACAUUUUAGAUACUAUAGCUUGCAUUUUGGAUAAAAAGUUUAAGUCACAGCUAUGGAUAAACCCAAAAGUUAUUGCAGAUUUCGGUAUUAGAAUUAAAAAAGAUAACCACGACUUUCAAGUUCCCUUCGAGAUAAAAACCAAAGGAAUAUUUGCUGCUUAUCAAAAUAGGAAUAACCAAUUGAAAGAUACAGCUUUUCAUGAGUUGAUUAAUGAAGCCAUCUACAAUUGUUUGUAUUGCAAAUCCCACAUAGGCUUUGUUAUCGAUAUGGAUUGUGUACUAGUAGUUGAAAUUGAUGUAGGUGACAGUACCAGAAUGGGGAGAGUAGAUUCUAUAGAUGGUGGGGAGUAUCAGUUACCAUGCAAUAUUAGAUGUCUCAGAUUUUCCGAUUCAAAAUAUAACCUCACUAUUAUUUUAAUGAUGUUAAUCAAAGAUUACUUUGACAAUGUGAACACACAUAAAGAAGAUCAGGUGGAACGUUUGUUCGAUACAUUACGACUAACUUCCCAAGAUAUAGUGGAUAUGAAGAAGUGGCAGCAUGACUUUGUGUACUUAGAAUGGGCUUCCAAGUUUAGCCAUUACCAUAAAAUUGAAAAUGGUGAUUAUGCCCAUAAUAUAUAUCUGUAUAUUAUAAUCCCAAAGGAAUGUUACGAGGAAGUACAUCAUAUCAAAUACGAUGUGGAAGACCUCAAUGAAGCUGACUUUAACACUAAUUGCCCAGAAUUUUGUUUUGAGACCUAUACCUAUUUUCAAGUAGAUAGGCUUGAUGGAACGAUGGUCUUAAAAGUAUAUAAUCCUUACGUUGUGUCCGAGAGAUUGCUAUGUGAUCGUCAGUUUCUCGAAUCAUAUCUGAUUGCAUUGAGACUGUUUCUAUACGAAGUCCGUGCCUAUAGAAUAAUUGCUGAAGCUCCCAAAAUAUCUGGAAAGAACGGUAUUGUUGAAAAUUACAAUUCUCAUCUUUAUCGACUGGGAAUAAUUAAUUGGCCGGCAAUUGAUGAGAGGUAUUUCGGAUUCUAUCUCUUGACUGGAUAUGCCAAGCAUAAUCCAUACAACCUAAAGGCACAUAACUUAUCUAUGGAAGCUCAAACUACAUUGAAAGAUGUUCACCACAAUAACGACUGUCAUGCUGAAUUCUCAUGUAAAGAAGCAAAUAGUGUAGCUUCCAAUUGGCCUAUGGGUGAGUGAGAAUUUCAACACACUUUGAGGAUGAAUUUCGCAAAGGAUAAUGCAAUUAGUUGAUUUAUUCACUCUAACCUCGCUAGAAUCAUGAACAACACUGUGUGAAAUGAAAAGAAUUAUUCAAAAUGAAUUAUCAUUUCCGGGGGCUCUUGGACUUCCGGUCCGAGGUAUGAACAAAUUUAUACUGAAUCUUUUUUAAGCAUUAUAUAGACAGGUUACCUGCUAGUAUAGAGGUUGAAGCAAGUGUUUAAUAUCAGCCAUAUAAGCUAAUUUAAUAACCUCGUAAUUCUUAACCCCAUAAGGUUUACACUCAUAAGCUUUAGAUAACGCCAUUAC